AUGGAAGUGGAAGCUCUCGAAUCCAUUUACAUGGAUGACUUUAUUAAGCUUUCGGACGAGCCGUUGACCUAUCAGGUACACGUGGUGCCCAAUCAGGAUGGCGAGAACAACUUUGUGGCAUUGCUGCUCAAGGCUGUAAUCCCGGAGACAUAUCCGGACGUCGAGCCAAAGCUUGAGAUUGUUGUGAAGAAAGGCCUGAUAGACAGUCAAGUGAAGGAGAUCAAGCAGUUGCUGGAUCAACAGGUCCAGGAGAACAUGGGUAUGGCCAUGAUAUACACGCUGUCCGAGGCAGUACGGGAAUAUCUAGUGGAGAACAACCGCGAGGGAAAUGAUGGAUCGGAGCACCAGGAGAUGCUGCGUCGUAUGGAGCAGAAAAAGAAAAAAGAUGAUAAGGUGGAAGCGGAUAAACAAGAGGAGGCAAAUGCAAAUGAAGAAGAGAAACGGCGUGAAAUUCACGGCACACCAGUAACUGUUGAGACAUUUGCUGCUUGGAAGGCAAAGUUUGAUAUGGAGAUGCAGGGCACGAAGAAAAUAUCGCUUAAGGAUGAGGCUACUGCAAAACUCACAGGUCGACAAUUGUGGAAGACGGGUUUGGUCACGGAAGAUGAUGCCGAGGAAGCUGAAGCCGAGGUUGAGGUCGAGAUCGAAGAUGUUGCAGAGCUCAAUGAUGAGGUCGUAGUGCAGGAGAGUCACAAGUAG